AUGUCAACUAUAUCCUCUCUUGUUCUUGUUCUUUUUCUUUUGUUCUUUCCUUUCCAUGGAUGUAGAGCUCGAAGCAUCGGGGUGUUCAACAAUGAGCCUGUAGAAGUAUUCCUAUCAUCUAGCAAGAACAAUAAGGCGUCCGGUCUUGUUAGGGUUUCUAUACAACCAGACAGUAAAGCUUCAGAAGCUACAAAACCCGAAAGCAAGAACCAUGAGGAGAAGAUAGACGACGAUAAGAUGAGCCCUGCAACGUCAGUUGUAGCUCCUAACAGAAAGAGUCUACAGAAAGUAGAAGUAUUGGAUACUGUUGAGACUGAGCCUGCGGUUUCUGUUUCUUGGAGGGUGCCUCAUAAGAAACGGGGAGAGGAAGAACCAUGGUUUAACUUGGAUUAUUUACCACCAAAAACACAUCCUCCACAUAACAAUUGA